GUGAAUAUGGCCCUGGCAGGGAAGCCUUUAGAUGUGACUCUCAGCACCUCCAGAGCUGACCAGUGGAAUAUGGUUUUUCCCCAGAAAGACGAAAUCAUCACCAGCUUAGUGUCUGCCUUAGACUCCAUGGUGAAUAUGGCCCUGGCAGGGAAGCCUUUAGAUGUGACUCUCAGCACCUCCAGAGCUGACCAGUGGAAUAUGGUUUUUCCCCAGAAAGACGAAAUCAUCACCAGCUUAGUGUCUGCCUUAGACUCCAUGUGCUCGGCGCUCUCCAAGCUGAACGCGGAGGUGGCCUGUAUCGCCGUCCACGAGGAGAGCGCCUUCGUGGUGGGCACCGAGAAGGGACGGGUCUUCCUCAGCGCCCGCAAGGAGCUGCAAGCCGACUUCCAGAAGUUUUGCA